AUGAGUGUCAGUGGGCAGGACGUGACUGGAGGUUUGAUAAAGAAGACGAACAGCCGGGGAGGGGGCACAGAGAGGGACAGGGUGCUAGAGAUGACAGUGAUGGAUCAGAGAGUGCUGAUAGUGUUUCUGUGGCUCUGGAGCUCAGUGGUUCCUGAUGAUGUCAGGUUGGUGGGCGGAGCCAGCCGCUGUGCUGGGAUCCUGGAGAGGAGAGAUGGAGGUGACUGGGGAGCAGUGAACGUCUCUCUGUCUGAGUGGAACCUGACGUCUGCAGAGACGGUGUGCAGACAGCUGGACUGUGGUCCUGCACUUUCAUUCAGACAACCAGAGAACUCCUCAAGGACUGAAUCACCAUCAUAUUCUAGAAACCUGCAGAUCACCUGCUCAGACCCUGAUGAUGAAGUCCGGUUGGUGGGAGGAUCCAGCAACUGCUCUGGUAGAUUAGAGUGGAAACACCAUGGAGAGUGGAGACCAGUGAAUCCUUAUCAUGGUUCCUGGACUCUAAAGGAUACAGCUGUGAUUUGUAGAAGACUCGACUUUGGCUCUGUUGUUUUGGCUAGACUGAUAGAGGAAUCCUCUGACAGAUCUGUAUGGUUGAUCAAAGCUGAUUGUUUGCAGUUUAAAUCUACAUUAAAGGAAUGUGUGACAACAGAGGAUGGGUCCAGCAAGUCUGUCCUGGAAAUCACCUGCUCAGACUCUGUCAGACUGGUGAACGGGCCUGAUCUGUGUUCAGGCAGACUGGAGGUGAAGUCUGACCAGUGGUGGUCCCCAGUGUGUGAGGAGGACUUGAACCUGCAGGGUGCUCAGGUGGUCUGUAGGGAGCUGGGCUGUGGGGCUCCUUCAGUCUUCAAGGGGGGAAUGUUUGGAGAAGUGGAGGCUCCAUUCUGGACUAAGAAGUUCCAGUGUGAAGGCCACGAGUCUGCUCUCCUGAACUGUCCAAACUCAAGGUUGACUGGAAACACCUGUCCACCUGCUAGAGCUGUUGGGCUCACCUGCUCAGACCCUGAUGAAGUCCGGUUGGUGGGAGGAUCCAGCAACUGCUCUGGUAGAUUAGAGUGGAAACACCAUGGAGAGUGGAAACCAGUGGAUGCUUCUUAUCGUCACUGGAAUCUAAAGAAUACAGCUGUGAUUUGUAGAAGACUGGACUGUGGCUCUGCUGUUUCAACUAGACUGAUAGAGGAAUCCUCUGUCAGAUCUGUGUGGUGGAUCAACCCUGAUUGUUUGCAGUUUAAAUCAACAUUAAAGGAAUGUGUGAGAACAAAGGUUCCAUCCAGCAAGUCUGGCCUGGAAAUCACCUGCUCAGAAAUUCACAUCUGA